UGUAAUGGAGUGUGAAGGGAAACUGUUUUCCAGUGCUACCUGGGGACUUUGCAAUAAAGCCAUCAGCAGAAAAAGUUCUUUGUCCCUAGACCACAGUAGCCUGGAAGAAAUGAAAUGGCCACUGGAGAUGUGGGAUGGCAGCCUGAAAGCAGCCAGAAGUAACCUGAAACAUCACAGUGACCUGACCAGAAUGCUGGAUCUCAGCGAUGGAGAAGAUAAGCAAGUGUCCAAAUUGAGUGGUCUCAUCCGUCAGCCAAAGGCAGAAGAUGACACUAGUGAUGGAAGCCAAACUCCACUUGGGGAUUUACAGGAUCAGCUCAAGAUUCCCAAGAGGGUGGGUGAUUUCCUGAGGGGCCCAUUCAACUACGGGGAGAUGGAAGAGCCCGAGGUGCAAGCGCUCCAAAAACGAUUUGGAGGCUUCAUCGGUGUUCGGAAAUCCGCCCGGAAGUGGCACAACCAGAAAAGGUUCAGUCAAUUCCUGAAGCAGUAUCUGGGGAUGUCCCCACGUUCCAUUGAGUACGAUGACUUGGCUGAUGACCUGAAGGAACCGAAUGAGAUUUAAACAAAUGGACUUUUCCUGGAUUGUUGUCGUUGUUGUCGUUGUCGUUUCCUUCUCAGAUUAUGAACAUGUUGUGAAUUGAUUUCAGAGCUGCCAUGGCCAAAGAAGCCAACCCCCUUCGUACUAUUCUGCUUUAUCAAUGAUCAGCCAACCAGUCUUAGCAUCGGAAGGGAAGUCUAUUUUCUUUGAAAUAAAAUUCAGAAUCGCUUUGUGUAAUAAUAUUUCACAAUUUUUACAUUUGUAUAAAUAAAAUUGGGGGGGGGGAAUCUACAUUUAGUAUGGUUAACACGCUAGAGAGCAGGUAAUGGUAACUCUUUCCUUCUAUUAUAUUACCCUACUAUGUUUAGGAAAAAUCAUUUUCAUCGGGGAAGUGAGUUUUCCAAAAUGCAGCAGCCGACUUCAUUCUCACCAGCAGUUUCCAUGGAUCCAAUUCAGAAUCUUUCCAAGCCUGUUCCUUAGAAAGAAGACCAAGUUUUGCUCCUGUGCAUUUGGGGUGUUUUUGAUCACUUAGGAAAACUGGAUAUGAAACCAGAUUCCAACUCCUGGUUUAAGGCUUCAGAGUUUUUUUUAAAAUGGAGAUUUACCCAGAAUUUAAA